AUGGCUGGUAUGAUCUCUCGCAAGUUCAAAAAGCAUGGAAUUGUGGAUUCCAACCUGUCCCUUCUGGGAGUUCAGAGGGGCGUCAAAGGAGAGAAUCAUUGCCGUCGGCUUCACGCGUUUGCUCGGAAGACGGAAUGCCUCUUGAGCGUUCGCGUCCAGAAAGUACAAACCAUCGUGCGACAAAUUGAGAAGUCGAAAGUUCAUGAAGUUGAAAUUGAUUACCCAGUCCUGCCUCUUUCUUCGUGGAUGGAGACGUCCUUCAACCUUGGUGGUCAUUUUUUCUUGGAGGGAAAGGUUUGA